GCAAAAAGGGGUAGAAUUCGGUUGACCCAGAAAACACCCCUACUUCCAGCGCUCUCUUUGGGAGAGAACGGAACUUUCCGCUUCAAAUGGCAGUUGAAGAGCGACCGACCACCGCGACAGCGGUCAGCCUAGUUUCUUCUAAGAUCUGAAAUUCGUAUGAUUUUUUCGAGAUUUCUUCGCCACGGCCGCUUUGGUUGAGCGGCGAUGAGGUUCUGCAACGAGUUGCCUGCGAUGGAUUUCCUCCGCUCGGAGAAGAUGAGCUUCGUGCAGCUCAUAAUCCCAGUGGAGUCUGCGCACAGGGCUAUCACCUAUCUCGGCGAACUCGGCCUCGUCCAAUUCAGAGAUUUAAACGAUGAUAAGAGUCCCUUUCAGCGAACAUUUGUUAAUCAGGUAAAACGUUGUGGAGAGAUGUCACGGAAGUUAAGGUAUUUUAGUGAUCAGAUAAACAAGGCCAACCUUGCAAUUUUACCUCGCCCUACUUUGCAACCAGAUGUUCACUUAGAGGAACUAGAGGUUCAACUGGGUGAACACGAGGCUGAACUUCUUGAAAUGAAUGCAAACAGUGAGAAACUGCAACAGACAUAUAAUGAACUUCUUGAGUUCAAGUUGGUUUUGCAGAAGGCAGGUGGUUUUCUUGUUUCAGCACAAAAUCAUGCAGCGCCAUCUGAGAGAGAGUUGGAUGAAAAUGUGUAUACUGCUGAAGACGAUGAAGGAAACCUAUCUUUACUAGAACAGCCCGAACUUUCUAAAAAAGAUGGCUUGAGAUUCAUCAGUGGGAUAAUUUGUAAAGCCAAUGCUCUAAGAUUUGAGAGAAUGCUCUUCAGAGCUACAAGGGGCAACAUGUUUUUUCAUCACGCACCAGCUGGAGAACAUGUCAUGGAUCCAAUAUCUGGUGAAAUGGUAGAAAAGACUGUCUUUGUUGUAUUCUUUUCAGGGGAGCAAGCGAAAACUAAAAUUGUUAGGAUCUGUGAUUCAUUUGGUGCAAAUUGCUAUCCUGUUCCCGAAGAUAUGAAUAAACAGAAGCAAAUUUCAAGGGAGGUUUUAUCUCGUCUCUCAGAACUUGAGACCACUUUGAAUGCUGGUAUCCAUCAUAGAAACAAGGCAUUGAGCUCAAUUGGUUGCCAACUUUGGAGGUGGACUAUGAUGGUUAAGAAGGAGAAAGCUGUCUAUGACACUUUAAAUAAGCUCAAUUUUGAUGUAACCAAAAAAUGCCUUGUUGGGGAAGGAUGGUGUCCUGCAUUUGCUAAACCUCAGAUCAAAGAUUCGCUACAGCGUGCAACCAUUGACAGCAACUCACAGUUGGGAAUAAUAUUUCAUGUUAUGGAUGCCACUGAAUCACCUCCAACAUAUUUUAGAACCAAUCGAUUUACUCAUGCUUUUCAGGAAAUCGUUGAUGCAUAUGGUGUUGCGAGAUAUAUGGAGGCAAAUCCUUCUGUUUAUUCAGUUAUAACAUUUCCUUUCCUUUUUGCGGUAAUGUUUGGUGAUUGGGGCCAUGGAAUAUGCUUGUUAUUUGCAGCACUGUUCCUUAUACUCCGUGAACGGAAACUUGAAUCUCAGAAACUGGGCAGCUUCAUGGAGAUGGCAUUUGGUGGGCGCUAUGUAAUACUUCUAAUGGCCUUAUUUUCCAUCUACUGUGGAUUGAUCUAUAACGAAUUCUUCUCUGUUCCAUAUCAUAUAUUUGGUUCAUCUGCCUAUAAAUGUCGAGAUCCAAGUUGUAGUGAUACACACACUGCUGGUCUUAUAAAGUAUCGUGAACCAUACAAGUUUGGGGUGGACCCUAGUUGGCGUGGCAGCCGCUCUGAGCUUCCAUUUCUAAAUUCUCUAAAAAUGAAGAUGUCUAUAUUGUUCGGAGUUACCCAGAUGAAUUUGGGGAUCAUGUUAAGUUACUUUGAUGCUAAGUUUCAUGGGAACUCCCUAGAUAUAAGGUACCAGUUUGUGCCACAGAUGAUUUUUCUCAACAGCCUCUUCGGUUAUUUGGCACUCCUCAUUGUUCUCAAGUGGUGCACAGGAUCAAAAGCUGAUCUUUAUCAUGUGAUGAUUUAUAUGUUCUUGAGCCCCCUUGAGAAUCUUGGUGAUAAUCAGUUGUUUUGGGGUCAGAAAACUUUGCAGAUAUUGCUAUUGCUUAUGGCAAUUGUUGCAGUUCCUUGGAUGUUAUUUCCCAAGCCUUUCAUCUUAAGAAAGCUCCAUAUGGAGAGAUUCCAAGGUCGCACCUAUGGCAUCCUUCGGACCUCUGAUGCUGAGCUUGAUGUUGAACUUGACUCUGCACAAGAACAUUACAACGAUUUCAACUUCAGCGAGGUAUUUGUGCAUCAGAUGAUACAUUCCAUUGAAUUUGUCCUGGGAGCAGUCUCAAAUACUGCAUCUUAUCUUAGACUUUGGGCUUUAAGCUUGGCACACUCAGAGCUAUCAACUGUUUUCUAUGAGAAAAUACUUCUUCUUGCUUGGGGGUACAAAAGCAUCAUAAUACGGUUAGUUGGACUUGCUGUUUUUGCAUUUGCAACUGCAUUCAUAUUGCUCAUGAUGGAAACAUUGAGUGCGUUCCUUCAUGCUCUUCGUCUUCAUUGGGUAGAAUUUAUGAACAAGUUCUACCAUGGUGAUGGCUAUAAAUUUAAACCAUUCUCAUUCACCUCCCUAGCCAAUGAGGAAGAAUGAUCAAUGACACCUCAGUUGCAGGCUUUGAUUUUUACAAACGGAUCCUACAGGAAAAGAGAGAAUUAGGGAAAAAAGGUAAAUAAGCAGCAGAAGGAUUUCCUGCAUUGCAAAAUUUGCAUGCACCAGGCUCCAAUGCAUCAUUUAUACUCGGAAAUACGCUGGCUUUGAGGUUUUGCUGUUGGCAUGAAGCAAAGCAGCCGGAAGAGAGAUUAUUUGUACAUUUAUAGAUCGGUAAGCCACCAUUUUGAAAGAGCACUAAUUUCAAGUACGGGUAACCUUUGUAUCUUCUCGGAAAAGUUUUAUCUCAACUCCAGUAGUAAUAUUGACUUCUCCAAUUUCGCUCU